GGGCGGAGCCAGUCCAAGAUCUCCGCUGUCCUGGGUCCUGGAGCGCUCCCGCCCCGGCAGGGCUAGCUCCCGUCCCUUAAGUCCCUCCCUGACCCGCCCGGCCGCAGGGUGUGCAGGAUCAGACGCCCCCAGCUCAGCGACCGCAGCUGCACCCAGUCCCAGGCUCUGAGCUUCGGGCCAGGCGGCCGCAGGGGACCCUGGAGGGCUCAGCUCCGCACUGCCCUGGGGCUGUGUCCCAGGAGACUCCGAGGGCGACGGCUCCGUGCCCACUUCCUGCCUGGGUGGCUCUCGCUGGUCGUCCUGCAAGAACAUGGUGCAGAAGUACCAGUCUCCUGUCCGCGUCUACAAGUACCCGUUCGAGCUGGUCAUGGCGGCCUACGAGAAGCGCUUCCCCACCUGCCCCCAGAUCCCGGUCUUCCUGGGCAGUGAGGUCCUGCAUGAGUCCCGGAGCGCCGAUGGGGCGGUGCACGUGGUGGAGCGGAGCUGCCGGCUGCGCGUGGAGGCCCCGCGGCUGCUGCGGAAGAUCGCUGGAGUCGAGCACGUGGUGUUCGUGCAGAGAAACGUCCUGAACUGGAAGGAGCGGACGCUCCUCAUCGAGGCGCACAACGAGACCCUCGCCAGCCGCGUGGUGGUCAAGGAGAACUGCAGCUACACGGUCCACCCUGAGAACGAAGAGUGGACGUGCUUUGAGCAAUCCGCCUCGCUCGACAUCCGGUCCUUCUUUGGUUUCGAAAGCGCCUUGGAGAAGAUCGCCAUGAAGCAGUACACGGCCAACAUCAAGAGGGGCAAAGAGGUGAUCGAGCAUUACCUGAAGGAGCUCAUCUCCCAGGGCACCUCUCACAUUCCCCGGUGGACGCCAGCCCCCGUCCCACAGGAGGACGCCCACCCUCAGGGUGGGCUGAGGGAUCCUGGCUCCCUGGAGGUCUGCAGGCCUGGCAGCGCUGGGGGGCCCAGCACAGAGACAGUUGGUACUGAGGGAGACAAGCUGGACACAGAUUACAUUGAGAGGUGCCUGGGCCAUCUCACACCCAUGCAGGAGAGCUGUCUGAUCCAGCUGCGGCACUGGUUGCAGGAGACCCACAAAGGCAAGAUCCCUAAAGAUGAGCACAUCCUUCGGUUCCUGCGGGCUCGGGACUUCCACCUGGAGAGGGCCUGGGAGAUGCUGUGCCAGUCGCUGAGCUGGCGAAAGCAGCACCAGGUGGACCUCCUCCUGCAGACGUGGCGGCCCCCUGCCCUCCUGCAGGAGUUCUACGCGGGGGGCUGGCACUACCAGGACAUAGACGGCCGCCCGCUGUACAUCCUGCGUCUGGGCCACAUGGACACCAAGGGUUUGAUGAAGGCUGUGGGGGAGGAGGUGUUGCUACAGCACGUUCUUUCCGUCAACGAGGAAGGACAGAAGCGCUGUGAAGGGAACACGAAGCAGUUUGGCCGACCCAUCAGCUCUUGGACCUGUCUGGUGGACCUGGAGGGGCUGAGCCUGCGGCACCUGUGGCGGCCGGGGGUGAAGGCGCUGCUGCGCAUGAUCGAGGUGGUGGAGGACAACUACCCCGAGACCCUGGGCCGGCUGCUCAUCGUGCGAGCCCCCCGUGUCUUCCCCGUGCUCUGGACGCUGAUCAGCCCCUUCAUCAACGAGAACACCAGGCAGAAGUUCCUCAUCUACAGUGGCAGUAACUACCAGGGCCCCGGGGGCCUCGUGGACUACCUGGACAAAGACGUCAUCCCCGACUUCCUGGGGGGCGAGUGCCUGUGUAACAUCCCUGAAGGAGGGCUGGUCCCCAAGUCCCUCUAUAUGACAGAAGAGGACCAGGAGCACGAAGACCAGCUGCGGCAGUGGACAGAGACCUACCAGUCGGCCAGCGUGCUCCGCGGGUCCCCCCACGAGGUUGUCGUGGAGAUUGUGGAGAGAGAGUCAGUCAUCACCUGGGACUUUGAUAUCUUGCGAGGGGACGUGCUGUUCAGUCUGUACCACGCCAAGCAGGCGCCCACGCUGGGCCCCCAGGAACCCGGGGCCAGGGCCGGCGGGCAGCAGACGGAUAAAGGCCGGGCGCUGGGCGGAGACUACAGCCGGGUGGAGGCCCCCCUUGUCUGCCGGGAAGGAGACAGCAUCCAGGGCUCCCACGUGACCCGGUGGCCUGGCGUCUACCUGCUCCAGUGGCAAAUGCACAGCGCCCCCGGCCACGGGGCCUGCAGCCUCCCGGGCGUGGAGGACGUCCUGACGGCCCUGCAGAGCCCCGGCCCCAGGUGCAGACUCCUCUACUACUACGAGGUGCUGGCGUCCGAGGACUUCAGGGGCUCCAUGUCCAGCCUGGAAUCCUGCACCAGCCGCUUCUCCCAGCUCAGCGCCGCCACCUCCUCCUCCUCCUCCGGCCACUCCCACAGCAGCUCCCUGGUCUCCAGAUAGCCAGGCCUGAGCCGUGCGGGGAAGCUGGCUCCCCUCCCACAUCCGCAAGCGUCCAUGAGGCCUUGGGACCAUGUGGGAUGCAGCCGUGGGUCUGGACACUGCCAAAGUCGGGGUGUCUGGAGCUCCAUGGGCUCUUCAGGUUGUGAGGACAGAAGCAUCUACAGGCUCCGUGUAGGAAAAGCCAAGUGGUGGGUUGACCAUGUUUGGGCCUGGGGGCUUGGGGAUGUCAUCAGGCUCAGUGCCCCCUCCAUCUCUGGCUCUGCUCCCUGGGGUGGCCUCCUUCUCAGGGGCCUUCACUAUGUAGGGGACCCCAUCGCCAGGAGGCUUCCUCCCUCCCUCCCUCCCCCAGCUCAGCUGCAGAAGAGCAUCUGUCUCCUGGCAAAGUCUCAUCCAACCUCCCAGAAUUGAGCCUCACCAUUUGCUUGGGUCCCAGGCUGGCCCCUGAACCAACCACAGUUGCCAGGGGAUGGAGAACAUGGAUUGGCCUGCAGGGCCUGUGUCCAACCUGGACCAAUCACUGUGCAGAGAGGGCCUGGAUCACAGGCGUGUCCCUGGAGCCAAACAUCUGGUCUGAAAAGCACAAGGGUGGGGUGCUUCUGAGACUACUUGGGAUACCCCCAUGAGAAGCAGAAAUGAUGGGGUUCACCAUAGCAUCUAAUCCCACAGCCAUGCCCUGGGACCCAAAAUAUGCCCGUGAACAGUUAUAUGAGUCACAGGCUCCACGUUCUAUGUGGAGCCACCCACUCUGGACUUGAAAUUCAUUUAUCCCGGGAAGGCCUAACCCUGACCACCCCUGACUGGAAGAGGGUGGGAAGGCCUAGGGUCUCUGUUGAGUUCUAGGCAGUGAUGAGGCAGCUUUAUACUCUCUGGAGGUCCCUUUCUCUCCUGGGAAUCUGUUUAAUUAUGACUGUUCUGGUUGUAAGUCACCUCCCAGUGGCUUGAACAAAAAAGGAUGACCAGUUAUGGGUGCUGUCUAGGAGGUCUUGCUUCAGGCAAGGCUGGAUCCAGGCUCUCAGCAUGGCAUCAGGACUCCUCUGUGGGAUAGGGGUUAUGACUUUGCUGCAGCUGCUCUGGGGCAAAUCUGACCCUCAGAACCAGCUCCAAUACUGAAAGACGUGCCCCAAGUUCCUACAUUGGAGGGACGCGGGUCUCCCUGGAGCCUGAGGACAUUUCUCCUUUCAUUUCCUGGGCCUCCAAAAAAAAAAACAGGUCAGAGGUCACCACUGGCAGCCUGCAGUGUAAUCUGGCCUGCUUUUAGUGUUUUCGUUUUUUGCAUCAACAAAAGGUUUUUUUUUUUUUUUUUUUUUUUGGUCUUUUGUCUUUUUUUGUUGUUGUUGCUAUUUCUUGGGCCGCUCCCGCGGCAUAUGGAGGUUCCCAGGCUAGGGGUUGAAUCGGAGCUGUAGCCACAGGCCUACGCCAGAGCCACAGCAACGCAAGAUCCGAGCUGCGUCUGCAACCUACACCACAGCUCACGGCAACGCCGGAUCGUUAACCCACUGAGCAAGGGCAGGGACCGAACCCGCAACCUCAUGGUUCCUAGUCGGAUUCGUUAACCACUGCACCACGACGGGAACUCCAACAAAAGGUUUAAAAACUGGGGGAUUCCUCAAUUCCAGUUCUCUUGUGGCACAGGAGGUAGGGGAUCUGGCAUUGUCACUGCAGCGGCUAGGGUCGUUGCCGUGGCAUGGGUUCGAUCCUUGGCCCAGGAACUUCUGUAUGCUGCAGGCAUAGCCAAAAAGGGGGGGAGGGGCUUCCACACAGAAAUCAGGAUUUCUGGCUUCCCUAAGGCAUAAAGGAGUGCUGGCAAAAACAGAGCCAUCACUGCUGUGUGAAGGGAACAGAGCUGUGCCCCUGGAUGGGGGCACCCCAGCCCCCACCCUUCUCUAUCGACCUACUCCCGCCCCCUCCGGGCCACCUUAUCUUGCCUUAUCUGCCUGGCAGGGACCUCACUGACAUUGCCCCGCAGUCCGGGAUCGAGAGGCUCAGGCUUACUCUUCUCUCGCAGCUUUGUUUAUGGCUGGGGUCACCCCUGGCUGACACCCAGAAUCCCUGGACCUCGCCCGGGGGUGGGUUCACAACCACAGGGAUUGUCACCUCCAUGCGGCUUGGCACGAUGGGGCAAGAACCUAUUUCCAUGCCGCCCCCAACCCAAACCUAGAGCAGAGGGAGGGCGCUGUCCUCUGAGACACCCUCUUCCCCGCGGGGAGGGAGCCUCGCCCACCGCCCACCGCAGUGGUGUCUGGUCUGCAUCUCAGGUAUAGGAACAAAACCCCCAACUCUGCAUCAAGGUGUGCAUGUUCUCGAGGGAGGGAGAGAGGGAGGAAGGCUGGAGAUAGCCUCAAAACCAACGGCUCCCGUGUCACUGACACUUACUGCCGAGAGCACCUCGCAAUAUUUUCAACCACCUUAGGUCAAUUUCUGUCUUGUCUCUACAAACUAGAAGUGUUCUGGUGUAGGCUGCCCUGGCACGCCCUGCACACUUAGUGCCCAGGACCAGCACUCCCUGAAGGAUGGAGAAGCCUUCCCUUGGCUUGGGCUUAUACAUGGCUUGUGACAACCGGAUCCUGGAUCUGCUGGUUGCAGGGACCAGGGUCUGCCCUCAGCAGCCCAGACUUAAUGGCAGCUGUGAGGAGCCCCAGGCCUCUACUUGAGAGCGCUUGCUCCCUAUCUCCCUAGGGAAAACCCCAGUGCAAACAGGCUUAAGCAACAAAGAGAACCCCCGGCUCCUGGAACUGGGAAGGCUGAAGGUGGGGCUUGCUCCAGGUAUGGCUGCAUCCAGGAGUCCAGGGUUUUCAGGCUCCUGUGCUCAUCCUUAACCUCACUCAGGCCUCUUGGCUCUAUGUCAUCUUGUGCGCUGGCCUUGUCCCCUCCUCCAUCUGGAAGGAAGGUGGCUGAGGGCAGCCCCUAACCUACAACCACAGGGUUCUCAGUCUCUAAGGCAGAAAAGAGACCCUUUCCAUCUCAAAUCCCAGGGAAAGCUCUGCGCAGUCACGCGCUCACUCCUGUGGCUCACUCCAUACUGGCGAAGGGGCCAGGGCCCUGUGAUCGACAUUUCCUCUAGAAUUAACCGUGGGGUCGGGGAGGGCCAGCCACCCAGUGGCCAAGGGGAACUGGGCCCCAGGAGCAUCAGACGGUCACAGAGGAGUCCGCUAUGGUCCUCCUCCUGGGGGCCCGGGAGCCCACGUUGGCGCAUCAUUAUCAACAGCCCUUCUUCCUACCUUUGGGAGGCGUGGGAUUAAAAGCCUGCCAAGCCAUGGCUUCUAAACUGGCCCAGACCCAAGGGCUGGGAGCUUCUCGGCUUGGCUUCUUUCUCCAUCUUGUUCAUUAACCUAGUGUGGACCGGACAGAAACGGUCCACUAGCAAUAAGGACCUGCCCAGACACUGGGUUUAGAAGCCUGGGUCUUAAAAUUUAGUCAAGGUGGGGGUCAAACCCUAGCUGUGUGACCUCCAGCAGGUGACUUAACCUCUCUGUGCCUCAACAUCCUCAUCACCCUUAGGGGAUAGCAGUGCCUACCUCAUUCACUGGGUUGUAGUGGGACCGCCUGAGAGUGGCCGUAAAGUCCCCAGCCCAGCGCCCAGCACAUGGAAGGUGCUCAGUAGGAGUUAUUGGUUAUUCUGAUUGUCUCGCUUCUCAUCCAAAGACUCAGAGGCCUUCCCAAUAGGAGGCUCAGCACCACGGGCAUCUGGGUAGCAGCAGGGGUCAGGAUCCUAUCUCCCUCCCACUUGCCCUUUGUAGCCACUCUUGCUCUCUGGGCACAUCUACCCGUCGGAAGAGCAUCAUUCCAAAUGCUGUUCCCCAUGACUGGCUACAGAAUAUCCUUCCUACGGGUUGAAAUAAAGGGCGUUUGAGACUUUUCCCCCUAUGCUGCCUCUGGAAUCUGCCCCCCUGUGAGAUGAACGGAUCACAUGAUUUCAGCCAGGAAAUCAUGACAUGUCUUGUUCACCUGUUUGUUCCACCUGAAGCAUUAAACGUUUUAGAUUUGGAUCGACC